GCGGCAUGGAUGAGCUGCAGAAGUUGGAGUACCUGUCGCUGGUCUCGAAGAUCUGCACCGAGCUGGACAACCACUUGGGCAUCAACGACAAGGACCUGGCCGAGUUCAUCAUCGAUUUGGAGAACAAGAAUCGCACCUACGACUCGUUUCGCAAGGCUCUGCUGGAAAAUGGCGCGGAAUUUCCCGACUCCCUGGUCCAGAAUCUGCAGCGCAUCAUCAAUCUGAUGCGUCCCAGUCGUCCGGGUGGCGCCAGCGAGGAGAAGAUGGGCGGCAGCGGUGACCAGAAGGAGGACAAGAAGUCGCAGCUGAUGAAAUUGUUUCCCGGUUUGGCUUUGCCGAAUGAUAAGUACAGCAAAAAGGAGGAGGAGGAGCAGAAGGAGGAGCAGCAAAAGCAGGAGAAGGAGAUGGAUAGGAAGCCGGAAAAGGAUCACAAGAAAUCCGACAUGAGCGAUGUGGAUGCAGCCAUGUUGGAGCUGGAGGCACUGGCCCCGGGUGAGAACAAAACAGAGCUUAAACAGCCCAGGGAAGCAGCUAGUUCCAGGGAGCGACACAAGCGGAGGAGCAGGGAUCGGGACACCAAGAGACGCAGCAGAUCCCGAGAGGAUAGAACCUCAGAGCGGCGCAGGAGCAGAUCGCGGGACAGGGAACGUCGACGGCGAAGCAGAUCCCGGGAUAAUCGGCGGAGAAGCAGGUCUCGCGAGGAUCGAGAUAAAGAGCGACGACGCAGGAGAUCGAACUCUAGAGAUCGCCACGAUCGCCGCCGCCGCAGUCGCUCCCGCUCCACGGAAAAAAGAAACCACAGGGAACGCUCCAAGGAUCGCAGCGAGAAGAUGCCACCGCCCUCGGCCGCCGCCAUGACCGAUGAUCCCGAGCCGGGCAAGAUCUACUCGGGCAAAGUGGCCAAUAUAGUGCCCUUCGGCUGCUUCGUGCAGCUCUUCGGAGUGCGCAAACGCUGGGAGGGAUUGGUGCACAUCUCACAGCUGCGGGCAGAAGGACGGGUGACCGAUGUUACCGAGGUGGUGAGUCGAAAUCAGACAGUUAAAGUAAAGGUGAUGUCCGUAACAGGACAAAAGGUGGCCCUCUCGAUGAAAGAGGCGGAUCAGGAGACUGGACGGGAUCUCAAUCCACUCUCACACGCCCCCGAAGACGACGAGUCUCUGAGGGAUCGCAAUCCAGAUGGACCCUUCAGCAGCAGCACUUCGAUGCUAAACCUGCAGGGAAAUGGCCUAGACGGAGAUGAGCACGAGUCCAGGAAGCGUGUGACCAGGAUUUCCAGCCCCGAACGCUGGGAAAUCAAGCAGAUGAUCAGUUCCGGUGUGCUGGACAGGAGUGAGAUGCCGGAUUUCGACGAGGAGACGGGACUGCUGCCCAAAGAUGAAGACGACGAGGCGGACAUUGAAAUUGAGAUUGUAGAAGAGGAACCGCCCUUCCUCUCGGGACACGGCAGAGCCUUGCAUGACCUCUCGCCCGUGAGGAUUGUAAAGAAUCCCGAUGGCUCGCUGGCCCAAGCUGCCAUGAUGCAGUCCGCUUUGUCCAAGGAGCGUCGCGAGCAGAAGAUGCUGCAGCGCGAGCAAGAAAUGGAGGCUCUGCCCACCAGCUUGAACAAGAACUGGAUCGAUCCGCUGCCCGAGGAGGAGAGCCGCAGCCUGGCGGCCAAUAUGCGGGGAAUGGGAGCCGCUCCCGCUGAAGUUCCCGAGUGGAAAAAGCAUGUCAUUGGCGGCAAGAAGUCCUCCUUCGGUAAGAAAACAGAUUUAACGCUAGUGGAGCAGCGCCAAUCGUUGCCUAUAUACAAACUGCGCGAUGAUCUGAUCAAGGCGGUUACAGACAACCAAAUCCUCAUUGUUAUUGGCGAAACUGGUUCCGGAAAGACCACGCAAAUCACUCAGUACUUGGGCGAAUGUGGAUUCACUGCCAGGGGAAAGAUUGGCUGCACGCAGCCCAGGAGAGUGGCGGCCAUGUCGGUGGCCAAGCGAGUCGCGGAGGAGUACGGUUGUCGGCUGGGCCAGGAGGUGGGCUACACCAUUCGAUUCGAGGACUGCACCAGUCCCGAGACCAUAGUCAAGUACAUGACGGACGGUAUGCUGCUCCGAGAGUGCCUAAUGGAGGCGGAGCUAAAGAGUUAUUCGGUGAUUAUGUUGGACGAAGCUCACGAGCGUACGAUUCACACGGAUGUUCUCUUUGGUCUGCUUAAAACAGCCGUGCAAAAGCGUCCCGAACUUAAGCUAAUUGUCACUUCGGCCACUUUGGAUGCGGUGAAAUUCUCGCAGUACUUCUUUAAGGCGCCCAUUUUCACAAUUCCCGGUAGAACCUUUCCUGUAGAAGUUCUUUACACCAAGGAACCGGAGACGGACUAUCUGGACGCCUCGCUGAUCACAGUGAUGCAAAUCCAUCUGCGGGAGCCACCCGGUGACAUUCUGCUCUUUCUCACGGGUCAGGAGGAGAUCGACACGGCCUGCGAGAUCUUGUACGAGCGAAUGAAGAGUUUAGGACCAGAUGUACCCGAGUUGAUCAUCCUGCCGGUGUAUUCUGCCCUGCCAUCCGAGAUGCAGACGCGUAUCUUUGAUCCUGCGCCCGCUGGAAGCCGCAAGGUUGUGAUAGCCACCAAUAUUGCCGAGACUUCCCUGACCAUAGAUGGCAUAUUCUAUGUGGUAGAUCCUGGUUUCGUAAAGCAGAAGGUGUACAACUCGAAAACGGGCAUGGACUCCCUGGUGGUCACUCCAAUUUCACAGGCGGCUGCCAAGCAGAGAGCAGGAAGAGCCGGGCGCACGGGUCCCGGAAAAACCUAUCGUCUUUAUACAGAGCGCGCGUAUCGAGAUGAAAUGCUGCCCACUCCGGUGCCCGAAAUUCAACGCACCAAUUUGGCCACCACAGUGCUGCAGCUGAAAACGAUGGGAAUCAACGAUCUGCUGCACUUUGAUUUCAUGGACGCGCCGCCAGUGGAAUCCCUGGUCAUGGCAUUGGAGCAACUGCAUUCCCUUUCAGCUUUGGAUGACGAAGGACUGCUUACACGAUUGGGCAGACGCAUGGCCGAGUUUCCCCUCGAGCCGAAUCUCUCCAAGAUGCUGAUUAUGUCUGUGGCGCUUCAGUGCUCCGAUGAGAUUCUGACUAUUGUCUCGAUGCUCAGCGUGCAGAAUGUGUUUUACAGGCCAAAGGACAAACAGGCGCUGGCGGACCAAAAGAAGGCCAAAUUCAAUCAGGCGGAAGGUGACCACUUGACCCUGCUGGCCGUCUACAACAGUUGGAAGAACAACAAGUUCUCGAAUGCCUGGUGCUACGAGAACUUUGUACAGAUCCGCACCCUAAAGCGCAGCCAGGAUGUGAGGAAGCAGCUGCUGGGCAUCAUGGACAGGCACAAAUUGGAUGUGGUAUCCGCGGGAAAGAACUCUGUGCGAAUUCAGAAGGCCAUCUGCUCGGGAUUCUUUCGCAACGCAGCCAAGAAGGACCCGCAGGAGGGCUAUCGCACCCUGGUCGACUCCCAAGUGGUCUACAUCCAUCCGUCGAGUGCUUUGUUCAAUCGCCAGCCGGAGUGGGUCAUCUACCACGAGCUGGUGCAGACCACCAAGGAGUAUAUGCGCGAGGUGACCACCAUCGAUCCCAAAUGGCUGGUGGAGUUUGCGCCGUCCUUCUUCCGAUUCUCGGACCCCACGAAGCUCAGCAAAUUCAAGAAGAACCAGCGCCUGGAGCCGCUGUACAACAAGUACGAGGAGCCCAAUGCCUGGCGUAUCUCUCGCGUCCGCCGGCGUCGCAAUUAAAGGACUCAACACGAUUGUGUGUGUGUAAUUUGAUGUAUUUUAAGCGCCUAGAAAUAUAAUUUAAGUUUAAACUUCA